AUGGCUUCUCGAACCGUCUUCCUCACGGUGUUGUUGCUCAUAGCAGUAUCGUUAUUGCCGACGAUUAGACCAGCGGAUGCUCAGAUUUCAAUCCCGGGAAUAAACAUUGGCUCGGGCGGAGUUUCUACCACGAAUCCCGGCAGCGUGACAGUUGGCGGAACGACAAUCUUGUCGAACGGCACAAUUCUGGGAAGCGACGGGCAGCCAAUUACGCCGACUGUGAACCCUGACGGAUCAACGACAGCCGGCGGCAUCACCGUCUACCCUAACGGAACGAUUACGAACUCUGACGGAACGAUUGUUAACCCUGGUACCGGCGUCACAAUCCCCGGCGGGGUGUCCAUUGGAACCGGCGGUGUGCAGACUCCAGGCGUGACUGUGAAUACCGACGGAACUGUCUCUGUGAAUCCCCAGGGAUUGACGCCACCGGCACCCAAGGCUGCUGGUUUCCUUUCAUCACCUACCCGAGCUGCUACUGGCCUCAUGUCCCUGUUCGCCGCUCUGCUUUUCUUCGCAUAG